CUGACUCAGUCUGAACUGAACCGUAGGACUGAGCACUCUUCGUGAGAUGGAAGUUUAAUAGUGUUGUGUGUAGUGUAUAUAUAUAUAGUGAUAAUACUUCCUUGUUGAAUAUGGUUUAAGCUUCGGUUACAGUUGCUCCAGGCUCCUGAAUUCUAGGCCCAGAAGUGUGCAGUUGUGCACGAUGUGGCGCCUCUGUAUCCUUGUACUGUUCUGCACAGAGCAGUACACUUCCCACCCCGUCACAGAACAUAUAUCACAUAAAGAGGUGACUGAACAUUUUGCUAAAACAAAACCCGGUGAAAUAGUUCGAAUUCCUGCAUCUGUCUUCACUAAUAUUCAGGCCGACGAAGAGUUUGAUUUUGAUGUAACAGUGACCCCUUCUGUUGCGCGUUUACAACUUUCAGCUGAUCAACAGCUGAACAAAUCCUCUAAUCUAGAAAGCAAAUCCGCAACCAGUGUACCCGUGAUCAGAGCAAAUCGUGAUGAUAAUGGAACUUCAAGCGUUCUUGUCAAUACAGACUUGGCACAGGAAGAUGAUUUGUCGGAGCAAUUAGAAAAUCAAAGUGAUUUAUAUGAUAAACUCUUUCAUGCAUUCGACGGAGGGAUCGUUAGUUACUUUGAGAACACGACCAACAAUCCACUAGAAAACCUCAAGGAUUUUUCAACGUGGAAACCAGUAGAGCAGCAGGAUGUUGAUUACUACGGUGAACUAGAGAACAGUGUGCAGGGAAAUGAGUUUAAUCUUUACGAUCAACUGGCUGUUGAAUCCGGUUCAGAAAUGAUUCAUCAUACAAUUCUACCAACUCAUCUUCAAACAGAGGCGAGCAUAGCAGUAGAGGAAUCUAACGAUGAAUUGAGUCCAGUAGAGGAAUCUAUCCAGGAAGGGAGCUCGAAGAAGGAGUCUACGGAAACCCCCCUGGGAGAGAGAGAAGAAAAGGAUAUUGGAGAUAUAUAUUUAGUAAAGAUGUCCACUGCUAGCUCUCAGUCUGAGGUGGAGACAAGGAUAAGGAUUAGUCCUACCGAACCUACUUCAGUUAAUGAAGAACCAGAGGCGAAACCUAAUCCAUCAGAGAACGAAGGACAUGAUUCUACUAAAGAAGAAGACCCAGUUCAGAAGCCUUUUGCUGAACCUAGAAAUGGGGAUAUAGAAGCAAUUGCUCAGACUGGUUUAGGAUUUACUGAAGCGUCUGAGGAGGUUUAUACUCCGGGUACUCUCUCAAUAGUAGAGAUACAUCCCACCAGUACUCCAGGUUACGGGGACAGUGCAUCGUUGAGCCUUGAGGAGACGUUUACAAUUAAGUUUGAGGAGGUUCAGGAUCCCUCCCUGCUUCCUCGUGAUUUCCAGAGUAAUGCAGAGGAUGAGUUUUAUCCAGAGUAUACGGAACCUGAACCAGAAGUUUACCCAGAGAUUAAAGAACCUGAACCUGAAUCCGAACCCGAACCUGCCUCCGAACCUGCAUCCGAACAUGCCUCCGAACCUGCCCCCAAAUCUGCCUCCGAACCGGAACCUACCUCUGAGCCCGAACCUGAACCCGAAUCCGAUCAUGAUCUCUAUGGUAACCAUGAGUUUGAAGUUGACGAAGAAGAAUAUUUCCAAUCCGGGUCUGAGUUUACUACGGAUGAAGAUGAAGGUUCAGAAACUCAUCUUCAUGAGAGUCUUCAGUCUGGAUUCUCCAGGCAGGGUCUGGACUGGGAGGGGGAGCAGGAGGUUGCCGGAAUCCUCAGCUCCGACCUCUACGAAGUUGUAACCUCUAAUUCAGAGAUCCUCGAGGCCCAGGGAUCGUUAGAACUGGAGUCUGAGGAGGAGGAUGUUAAAACUGAUCAUUUCUUCGAUCCUCAUGUUCAGGGUGGGUUGGAGGAAGCACGGGAGAUGUUUAUCCAUGAACUUGAGAAGAAAUAUGAGAUCAACCUGGACAACGUGGAGGACAGGAAGUUCGAGAAUAUAAUGGAGCACCCUAUGCAUGAGGAAAACCAUGUCCACCUAUCCCUCUCCAAUCCCCUUAUCACCCUUAUGGACGUGCAACCUCAUUCUAUGCGGUUAAUGAUUAAACCUAAGGAAAUGCAUCCAAAAACCACGAUAAAGAUUCUUUAUGAACGAGUUCCUCGAAAUAAACCUCCACUAAUGCAUCAUCUGGAUGAUCCCGUUGUUGAAUCGUUUAUAAUGCUAAACCAGGCCAGCCAGGAGUAUGGGUUGGACAACCUGCCAAUGGGAAAGUAUAUUGUGUGUGCUGAAGCUUCUGUAGAUUUAAAUAUUUUUCAAACAAACUGCUUUGAAACCUUGGUCGAGAGACUUGACAAUAACAAACUUCAGUCCGGAGUCAUUGCCGUGAUUGCUGUUGCUAUACUGAUUGUCGUCUUCUUUAUUCUCUUUGCAAUCUAUCACAGGAUAAACAACAUCAGAAAACAAAGGAAGGAAAAAGAAUUAGCGUUAAAAGUUGAGAAACUAGCAGCAAAAGAAGCUCAGAUGAAAUCAUCCAACUCAGCUUUAGCCGUCUCUUUCGAUAGCGGACCAUUUGAGGAAAGAUGUAUCAUGUGACCACCAUGGGUCUCUAAAUCUCGGCUGACUCUAUCAGAACAGCUGACCCUAUCUAAACAGCUAACUUAAUCAGAACAGCUGACCUUAUCGAAAUAGCUGCCCCAUCAGAACAGCUGACCAUAUCUUAAAGCUUAAUUCAUCCGAACAGCUGACCCUAUCCAAAUUCCAAACAGCUGAAAGCUAAAAACUGGAAUAAGAAAGACGACAUUCCCUGACUGUCUGUGAUAAACUAUGAUAGAUUCUCUUGUAUAACUACUACAGUGGUCGGCGUUUAUAUCACAACAAUAAAGACGACUUUUCUAUUCAAGUUUUGAUUUCCUACAAGCUUUUUUCAAAUUAAAGGUUUGCAAGUAAACUUAGAGAAGCUGUUAAAUGACAGCUUAUCUUUAUUUCCAUGAUUAUGUGCAUCCAUCAUACUGUUUGAAUUCUUGGUUAAAAUAAAAAUGAAAUUGAAAGUCGUCUUCUUUGUGUUGAAAUAUACGACGAUGACUAUAGACUAACAAUAUUUCUAAAAUAUUCAGAAAUAGAAACUUCUGGAAUAAUUGAAUUUUAUAUCCAUGUAUUUAUUACUCGAACCUCUGUAUUUACUUAUAUUUUAGAACAAAAUAUUGCACGAUUUACCGAUUAUUAAAGAACUAUUUAAACAAAUUCUAAAACAUCUUAAAAUUUAGUUGAUUGUUGUUUAAAAAGUUGUAAACAAUUUCCUGUAAGAUAUUUGACGUUCAUUAAACGAAUAGCAAAUUCAAAAAAAUCAAUUUAUUUUGACGAAAUCUGUCCCAAAAACGUAAAAUGGGUGAUUGACACAAGAUUAAAAAUAGUUUUUUUUUGUAAUCUUAAAUUUUUGAUU